AUGAUUUUUGGUCAUCAGCGGAAACGAUCGAUAGGAAAUAAAAUAAUCACCAGUGGAGACCAAGACACCAAUGGCCUGGUCUGCUGGCCUAUGUUACCAGACCGGAGACAAGAGAAGCAACACCAGAUGGAAUGGGCCGGCGUCCGCCGCUUUUUAUAUCGAAGAUUUGGUCCUCGAGAGACCGGAAAAAUUUUCAGUCGUUUUGAACGAAGGCGGGCGCUGCGGGACCUUAGGGCUUUGACCAGUCCGCCCACUGACGGACGCUUCAGGCUGUUCACAGCGAUCAGGAAGCCACUUGAUCUGCAGUGUGUCUUCUGCAAUUGCGAUGUGUUGGUCUCUGCCGCGGUUCCAAGGAUUUGUGUGUCGUUGUGGUCUAUGAGUCAAUCGGUUACUACGAUGGAAGGUUCGAAACCAGUCGUGCAGGCUCCCUUGAAGACACCUGGGCAGCCUGCCGAUGCGAUGUCGCUGCCCUUCGUCGUGCAGUCGAUGAUCCUGUUCUGCACGCUGCAUAUCGCAUACGAUAAGUUUGGGGCGGCGCCCUUCCUUACCGUCGGGUUCAUUGCGCUGUAUAUCCUCGUACAGUUGUGCAUGAUGAAGCGAAUGCAGUUUGAAAUAGUGUACGUCUUCUACCUGCCCUUCAUGUUUAGUCUGCUGUUCAACCAGGAUUUGCUGCAGACAAAUCUGCUGCUCUCCAUAAACGUGCUCGGUGGGCCCGUAUACACGAGGCUAGCCUCGCAGCUGUUUCUCACAAUGUGUCUGCUCGCCGGUGAUGUCAACCCAAUGGUCUGCCUGCUGGCCGUCUUCGUCAACAUGGGGUUCUGCUUUGUGCUGUCUAAAGUGAGUCGCUUGGAGAGUUUGGAUUUCGUCGACUGCAAUAUCUUCAGUCUGACCUUGACUAACGUGCUCUUCUUGGAGAAAGUGCACAAACAGCAGCACAGUUUACCUUACGAGGUUCUAUGGGGCACUCUGGCUGCGUUCCUCUGUACAGUCGCGAUCAACUACAUACUGGCGACCAUAGUGAACAAUAAUAAACUGUUCGUCUCGAUUAUGGUGCCCGUAGUGUUUCUGGUGUGUUUCCCGCUACUUACAAACACGUUCAUCGACUCGUUGCCGGAAUUGCCAGUUAUAUGGCUGUACCAUUACAUCACUGCAUCGCAGACUAGAAUGCGGAUCCUAGGGAUCUGGCUACUGUUUCUAAUGGUGCUCAUCCCGAACGUCCUGCUGUUCAAGUCCAACUUUUCCCUGAACACGUCCAGGAAGAUAUGGCAUUUUCUCAUUUUACUGCUCGUGAUGCAGCCAUUCAGCUGGGAUCCAACGUUCGUCAAAAUCGCGCUCUCGGGCACCAUUGUUCUCUUCCUCGCCGUGGAGUACGUUCGGUACUUGAAGUUGCAACCCUUCGGUAGACAAAUUGACGAAAAGUUGCGCUCGUUCGCGGACUUCCGUGAUGACAGGGGGCCCAUCAUCAUAUCGUACGUGUAUCUGAUCUUGGGGAUUUCCACGCCACUGCUGAUCUUCGAUUCUCCAGUCGGACUGAUAGCGCUCGGCGCUGGAGAUUCAAUGGCAUCCAUUAUUGGGAAACGCGUCGGGAAGUGGAAAUGGUCCGGGAUGAAGAAGACGGUGGAGGGAACAGCGGCGUUUAUUUUGUCCACUUUCAUAAUUGGUGUAAUAGCGAAGUGGUACUUGGGAUACUUUAAAGAUUUGACGGUUUCCAACUGGUUCGUUGUUUGCUUCUUAUCGGGAGUCCUAGAGGGGAACAGCGAUCUGAAUGACAAUAUAUUGAUUCCAGUAUUUAUGUUGAUCUGUGAACAAUUAUUUACAGUUGCAUAA